AUGAGGGUCGCAUCAAGCACUCCUCGCCGUCCCAACAAAAGGCGAGCGGGGGCCUCACAUUCAGCACCUUUCGGCGAACCCGAGCAUGCGUUACCCCAGUAUUACCCACCAGGCGGCAUUAACUCCAGACGCAUGCAAGUGAACCGUCGUGUAGUUGGUACCGAGAUUGAGGGUGUUCUAUACGGUGACUUGUCGCGUCCGAUGAUUUACUCUCAGAGCAUGCUUAGAGGUAUAAGCGAUCAUGUGUCGACGGUCCAAGCGGGUUCAUCCCAUCUCUUAAUUGGAGCAAACGGAAGGAACCACGGUCAAGGUUCCGGAGGACUGACGCACGGUGUCAUAUCUGGCCAAGGAAAACAGGUUGUUGGGUUGCACCAGGUGGUAUCUCGAUUUUCCGACGAGAUCCCUCACUCUUUCGAUGAGAGCAAGACUCGGGGGGCGGGAGGAAACACUGACGCUGCCCAAGGCAAAGGUCCUGCUGAUGUUAUUCAUGGACUUCCCGAAGCCUACAGUCACAACUUACUGUACGGUAGUGGACGUGAUGUUUUUACUCCGCGGAACUCCGCGUCUCAACCUGAGCCAUCUCAAGGUUACCAUGCCCCUUCCAACGGCGUAACUCACUACCAACCGCCUUGGUCAGGAUAUAUUGCGCCGGAGCAAGCAUUUCCGCGCAUUGAUGAUGACCCUAAUACUUCUUCGUACCACCCCCCUCAGAAUAAUUUACUUCAGUCGCCGCCGCACAUUACCCUAGAGCAAGCGCAGCAGCAGGAGUAUUUCGCCAGUACCGCGCAACAUCCAGCGCACGUCUCCCCCUUCCUUUCAGCUGAGGCUGCCACGCAACCUGCCUCCGCUAUGAGCUCGAACAUAGUCGUAGGUCAGGGAGACCUGUGCACCCAGAUACAGCACCUGUAUGAUGUGACGAAAAUGCUGCCAGAGGAGCAACGGGCAGGGUCGCGGUCUCAGCGCAAGAUCUUCGACGUUGUGGAAAAGGUCCUCGAUGAAGCGAGAUCGAGACUUGCUUCGUACUCUUCCGAUCCCGCGUUUGACCACGAGCCGCUGACGGUGUGCGUCAGCGAGUUGCGAACGCUGAUUGGCAUUGCUGAGGAACUCGCGGCCCAACUUGCCCGACGCCUAGGGCUGCCAACGCCGGAGAGACAACUUGAGAACGGGUCGAUGACCAACGUACCUUCGAUGUUUAACUCUAGCCCUCCUGUUGUCGAUGAAUCUGUUAUCAUGGGCCACCCACCAACCCCCCCUCAAUCCGUUGACGAGUUUCAUAGCAAGCAAACAGCCGUCGACGGUGUGUUGUUAGAUCCACAGUUCUCGGCGAGACAAUUGGAGGCGAUCAACAGUCAAACCGACCCGUACAUCCAGCUAGGCUCGGUCGUACAGCCCGAGCAUCUCUUCGCCCAUCGAAGCGAAGAGAACAACCAGGAUUCAAUACACAGCUACAUGUCGCCGGCAUCACCAGCCCUCGACAUAGCGCCAGAGUUAUCAAACCCUGGCUAUCCCCCUUCAGCGACUGAGCCGACGCCUAUGUUUUUGUAUCCUUACGAAGGUGGUGAAGGGGAGUAUGGGCAGAUGGAUAUGGAUGGUUUUAGCCCUAACCCUGCUUCCCAAACGGGAAACGACGGAUUGAAUUUCGGAGGGACCAUCCACAGAUCCAUCCCAUCUGAUUCGCUGCCCGUGAACGCUUAUUCGGAGCUAGCACAUGCUCUCGGACCGGUUAAUAGGCCUGGCACUACACGCGUUUCUGCCUCGUCGACAUCAUCUGAUUGA